AUGCAUGAUGACAGACCCAGCAAAGUGGCUGACAUGCCCAUGCUGGUAACCGAAAUAGACGAGCCAGCGGGCAACAUCGCAUGCAUGAAGGACAACAACUGUUUCUGUAACUCUAAAAGCUACUGCUAUUGCGAUGGAACAAAAGGCAGUAAGGGUGAAAAGGGCUUUCCUGGUUUCCCUGGUUCACCUGGCCAUUUGGGUUUCCCUGGCCCAGAAGGCCCCCCAGGGCCUCAAGGACCUAAGGGUUUUCCAGGGCCAGUAGGCUUUUCUGGAUCUAAAGGCUCAAGGGGAAUGCCAGGAAUACCUGGUUAUUCAGGUCCUCCAGGUCUUCCAGGUGAACCAGGAAAUGCUGGUUUGCCAGGAUGGCCAGGAAUACCAGGAUGCAAUGGAACCAAGGGUGAGCGGGGAUUCCCAGGGCUUCCAGGGCCACAUGGACCUCCAGGAUUACCAGGUCCUAAAGGCAUCAAAGGAGAGAGGGGAUAUCCUGCAAAUGGAUAUGAUGAGGGUGACAGAGCUAAAGGCGAUUCUGGACUUCCAGGAAUACCUGGCUCUCCGGGUGAGUCAGGACCUCGAGGAUUACCAGGUGAAGCUGGAAGUGAGGGCCCUCCAGGAUUUCAAGGAGAACAAGGAAAACCAGGAUCGCCAGGGCCCAAGGGUCUCAUGGGUGUUAAAACCAUUGGAGCUAAAGGUCGAAAGGGUGACAGUGGAUUAAUGGGCCCCCCUGGACCACCUGGAACUGUUAUUGUAACACUAACUGGAGCUGAAAAUACAACGGAAUUAAAAGGAGAUAAAGGAGACAGGGGAUCUCGGGGACUUGCUGGACCACCAGGAGAAUUAGGUUUACCUGGUGAUUUUCAAAGUGAAAAGGGAGAUAAGGGAGACUCAGGCUCUGAGGGUAAACCUGGGAAGGAUGGCACCCCUGGUCCACCUGGCUUACCGGGACCAACUGGUGAUCAAGGUUUGCCAGGAUUGCCUGGGAAAGUUGGAUUAAAGGGGAGUAAAGGUGAAGUUGGCUGUCAAGGAAUUCAAGGUCCAACAGAGUAUUACAAUGAGAUGCCUGGUGAAAAAGGAAAUAAAGGCUACACAGGGCCUCUGGGACCUAAAGGGCAGCCAGGAAGACCUGGGCUACAAGGUCCUCCUGGGGCAACUGGUAGACCAGGUGUUUCAAGACCUGGUCAAAGAGGUCCACAAGGUACUCCAGGGCUCAAAGGAAAUAAAGGAGAGAGAGGAAAACAUGGCACAAAUGCUAUUGGACCACCAGGAUUUCCUGGAUCUCCAGGUAGACCUGGCCCAGCAGGAUCACUAGGUUCUCCAGGAAAACCAGGUACACUAACUUUUAAAAAAGGACCACCAGGACGAAAUGGGAAUCCAGGAUGCAUGGGUUCUCCAGGACUUCCAGGAGAAAGUGGAGCUAAAGGUGAAAAAGCAGGCCCAUGUAACCAGUGUACCUAUUUUAUUGGAGCACCUGGCCCUACUGGUGUUCUUGGGCCAGAAGGUCAACAAGGAGUCAAAGGUGGGGAAGGAAAAGUUGGCCCUAAAGGAUCCCAAGGAGUCCCUGGGAGUCAGGGGUCUCCUGGAAUUCAAGGUCUUCCUGGUCUUCCAGGAGAACAAGGCUAUAAAGGAUUGAAAGGUCUGCCAGCGUAUGCACAAUCAGAAGGUCCCAAUGGAGACACAGGAGAACCAGGUCACAGAGGAUGCACAGGAGAAAAAGGUGCAGAUGGGUUACCUGGAAAACCUGGGUUGAAAGGUUCAAGAGGUUCUGUGGGAGAUCGGGGAUGUGAUAGUCCAAAAGGGGACAGAGGUCCUCCAGGAACAACUGGUAGGCCAGGUCUUCUUGGAGAGGCAGGGUUGCCUGGACCACCAGGAUAUGGACCAGAAGGAAUGGAAGGCCCUAAAGGAACUCAAGGAGCUCCUGGUUUGCCUGGUUUACAUGGAGUAGCUGGCCCCCAAGGUGAACCUGGUAAAGUAAAUGCAAUUCCUGGACCUCCUGGACUUCAGGGGCCAGAUGGUAGGUCUGGAAUACAAGGAGGAAGAGGCAGUGUUGGAUCCAGAGGGCAGCGUGGCAACCCUGGCCUCCCAGGACCAAAAGGUAGCCCUGGCUUAACAGGGAUUGGACCUCCUGGGCAACAUGGUCUGAAAGGAAACAAAGGACCUCAGGGACCUAAAGGACAACCAGGUUGCCCAGGAAAAUUAGGAGAGCCAGGCUUACCUGGAAAACCUGGAAUCCCAGGAGAAAAGGGAGAACCAGGUCCGGUUAUUCCUGGGCAACAAGGUAGACUAGGCUCACCAGGAGAAGAGGGUUUGUCAGGUGAAAAGGGUGAAAGAGGACUCCCAGGACAUCCCGGUCAACCAGGUCCGCCAGGUCACGAUGGUGCUGACGGGCCGAGAGGAGAACCUGGAACCCCUGGCAUUCCAGGACAAAAAGGUGCUCCAGGAAGAAUGGGUGACUGUCUUAUUGGUUUACCAGGGCCAUCAGGCCCAUGUGGAAUUAUAGGUCCACCAGGAGCCAAAGGUGUACUAGGACCCAGAGGAGACCCAGGUAUUCCAGGUUUAGACAUCCCAGGGUCCCAAGGACAAUUUGGACUACCAGGAUUACCUGGCCCUCAAGGAGGUGAAGGGCUUCCUGGCAUCAAAGGCCAGGCAGGCAGACCAGGAAUACCAGGAACACCAGGCCCAAGAGGAGAAAGAGGUAUAAUAGGUCCUGUGGGUAUUCCUGGAUUACCUGGAAUCUCUGGAAAUCGAGGUAUCCCUGGAAGCAGAGGUUUUCCUGGCCUUCCAGGGCCAAGAGGAAGAAAGGGAUCUUCUGGGGGAAAAGGUGAGCCAGGUGAUAAAGGUUCUCCUGGAAUAUCAGACUCGAGAACGAGCUUUGGAGACAAAGGCGAACCAGGAGCCAGAGGGAUGCCUGGAAAAGUGGGACUCAAAGGAGAAAAAGGACAGCAAGGUGCACAAGGAUGCAUAGGUCCUCAUGGGCCUCCAGGAACACCAGGCCCAUCAGGUUCCAAAGGUGAUAAAGGACUUCCUGGAAUUCCUGGGGCACAAGGGCUGCCAGCAGCCCCAGGAAACAGAGGGGACAUGGGAGUACCAGGUCCUAAGGGUGAACAAGGUUCUUCAGGUUUGCCUGGACAUGUAGGUAUACCAGGGCCACCUGGCCUUGUUGGCAUUCCAGGGGAUAAAGGAGAACCAGCUUGUGCUACAACAGGAAAUCCAGGACCCAAGGGUGAUCCAGGUCCCCCAGGAGAAAGAGGAAGAAAAGGUGAAAGUGGAUCACCAGGCCUACCAGGCCUUGUAGGAGAGCCUGGACUUCCUGGGAACAGAGGGGAUUCUGGUAUACCAGGAAUUCCAGGGCAUCCAGGAUGUGCAGGUGAUAAGGGUGAUAAAGGGAAGAAAGGAUUAUCAGGACAAAAUGGCAUCAGAGGUCCUCCAGGUUCACCUGCAUUACCUGGUGAUGAUGGACCUGCUGGUGAGAGGGGUGAUCAGGGGCGUGAUGGUAUUCCUGGCUCCCCAGGUGAAAAGGGAGCACAAGGUUCUCCAGGCCAAGGAACUCCAGGUUCUCAAGGCCUACCUGGUCCUAAAGGUAUCAAAGGAGAUAUGGGAAUGGCUGGUUUUCCAGGGCUGCAAGGUGUUAAAGGUCCUAUGGGGGACCAAGGACCAAGCGGACCUCCUGGUUUACCUGGGCAACCAGGACUUCCAGGGGAACCAGGGACAGUGAUUAGUGGCCCAAAAGGAAAUAGAGGCCCUGCUGGCCCAAAUGGAAAACCAGGUGUUCCUGGUAUUCCAGGGCCUGCUGGGCCACCUAGCUACAGUAUUAAAGGCAGUAAAGGUGAUCGGGAAACAGAUGGAUUACCAGGACUUCCAGGACCUAGAGGUGAUAUGGGUUUGCCUGGUCCCCCAGGAAUUGAUGGUAUCCCUGGGUAUCAAGGCCCUAGAGGUGAACCAGGUUUUCAGGGACCUCCAGGCAGAAAAGGAGAAAAAGGCAACCGGGGAUCUCCUGGGCCAACAGGAAUGGCAGGGCCUGGAGGGCCAAAGGGACCACCUGGUCAGCCUGGACCACCUGUGCAUGCUGUCCAUUUCCCAGGAAAUCCAGGACCUCCUGGACCCCCAGGAAUCCCAGGAAAUCCAGGUCCUCAAGGGUUAUCAGGACCACCAGGGCCUCCAGGUAUGAAAGGUCUACCAGGCAGUCAUGGGAUUUCCGGUAGACCUGGACCCCCUGGGCCGAAAGGAGACAAAGGAUUUAAAGGACAAAAAGGUUUACCUGGAUUGCUUGGUUUACCUGGUAUAAUGGGACCACCUGGACACCCAGGAAUAUACUUACCUGGCACAGCAAAAAGAGGCUUCAUCUUUUCACGGCACAGCCAAUCAGCAAAAAUUCCUUUAUGCCCACCUGGGACAACUGAGAUCUAUAGUGGUUAUUCUCUUCUUUUUAUACAAGGGAACGAGCAAGCACAUGGGCAAGACCUUGGAACAACAGGUAGCUGUCUUCAAAGAUUUACCACCAUGCCCUUUUUAUUAUGUAAUCCCAGUAAUGUGUGUAGCUUUGCUUCUCGCAAUGACUAUUCAUACUGGCUGUCAACUGCAGAACCAAUGCCAGCUGAUAUGGCACCAAUUUCUGGGAAAGCUUUGGAACCCUAUAUUAGCAGGUGUAUUACCUGUGAAGGCCCUGCAAUGAUAAUAGCAGUCCACAGUCAAACAUCUUCGGUCCCACCAUGUCCUGAAGGCUGGCAGUCUCUUUGGAAAGGAUUUUCUUUUGUUAUGUAUACAGGUGCAGGCUCGGAAGCAUCUGGACAAGCACUGGCAUCCCCAGGAUCGUGUUUAGAAAUUUUUUAUGCCAUCCCAUUUAUAGAAUGUCACGGAAGAGGGACGUGCAAUUAUUAUUCAAACUCCUACAGUUUCUGGCUGGCGUCAUUAAAUUCAAGAAGAAUGUUCAGGAAACCAUUGCCACAAACUGUGAAAGCUGGAGAACUAGAAAAAAUUAUCAGCCGCUGUCAAGUCUGCAUGAGGAGAUCAAACUGAACAAAACGCCAAUGAAGAAUUAAACUCUUGACGCUGUGGCACAAGCCCACUCCACAACGGCAAAAAAUAAAUGAA